AUGCCAUCCGAUUUUGAUACCGAACGAACCGAUUCUCGACACCAUUUACUCACUUCUUACUGGCAGAAAUCGACGACAAAUCGUUCCGAAAUGCUCCGUCGUAUCAAGCGUUUUCUCGGAUUUUCGGUAAUCGCGUGUUCCGUUCUUUUAUUGCGAAUGAAAGCAAAAAACAUUUUUAGUCUCGCGGCACGUACUUUCCAAACAACGAGGUGUCCCCAGCGGAUGGAAGCUUGAUUUCGAAUGCGAGUCGCAAGUCGACAAAAUCGGAGAAGAAGGCUAAAAAAGACAAAAAGAAGAGCCCACUCGUCGAAGAUCACAAUCAAUCCGCCCCGGCUUUCUUUCACAGUUAGUCGUUCCCCACCGACUUUCAACAGUCAAAUCUGUUCCACUUUCAGUCUCCUCUCCACCGGCGGAAAUUGUGAUCGGCGGCGAAGAAUCUGUGGCUUGUUCCGCAUCCGAUCGACAGACUGUCAUCACCGAUUCGCUGCCAUACAGAGAUCCCAGCGACAGUGAGUCGCUUAACUUCGUUCUCUCUUCUUACCGUUUCUCUUUCCAGAAGUCUUCCUCGAUUCGCAACCUGUCCAGGGUCCGCCGAGCAGCAGUAGCACGCGCAGUUUGGCCGGAUCGUCAUCGAUGAAGUCGCGAAUGGAACUACUGACCGCUGACGGAGCAAAUGCGAUCACACGUGCUGGAUCGUCGGUCGAGUCGGUAUAUUCGACGGAUUACACCCAGGAAACGGUAUCAAAUGGCGAUUCGUUGCCAUUAAAGUUAGUGAAGAUUCAGGAUUCGCAGAAGACGAGCGAUGCGAAGAGUCGUGAGCUCCCGGUGGACUGCGAAAUGCCAGACGGAAAGACGAACGAUCCUCCACUCACCGCCUCUCCUUCCCCGUCUUCCGCUUCCGAAAUCUCAUCGAUGUGUGUCAAUUUGCCGACUAUGCAGCAGCUGCAAGAAGAGGAAUUGACGGGAGAACCGGAAGACAUCGCCGCCAUGAAAAAGGUUUGAAUGAGAUCUUUCGUGUGGAGCACAUAGGCAGUUUGCAGUUCAACGCUGAGCUCGACGGCCUUCUGAAGCACUCAGCGCCUCCGUUCCAAGUGUCGUCCGCCCGUUUGCCGCCGAUGCUGACGAAGGAGUUGCCGCCGCCGGCACCCGAAGAGGAGUCGCUGCUCAACGAGGAAGAGUUCGACCGUUCCGACUCGAAGGACAAUUCGGUGACCCGCAUCCUCAACGAAUCGCACGAAGCAACGAUGCGCAGUCCGGAAAACAAGCACCUCCGCAGCUACGGAUACUAA